AUGCCAGUCACACGCCGCAGCUCAGGCGGCGCCCGCUCAUCCAACGGCAAGCAGUCCACCUUGUCCUUCAACCACAGGGUGACGAAAUCCGUGCCCAAGUCGGCAAAGGCAAAGGACACAACCCCGAUCAAGGCCUCGCCGCUGAAGAGGCAGGUCAAGGAGGAAGAUCUCGCCGAGGAGGACGUGCGGCAAGAGGAGAUCGAGCGGUCCGAACCGGAGCCCGUGGCCACACAAGUCCUCGAGGAGCCGCGGGAGGACAAGUCGGACGCCGAGCUCAGGGCCGCGAGGGUCAGCGACAGGCAGAUCUCGGCUUAUUGGAAUAAGCUGGAGAGGGAGCGCAAGUCCAAGAGGGUCCACCAGGAGGACCUGACGCUGGCAGAGAAGGUGCUCAGGUACUUUGAUGUGAGCAAUCAGUAUGGCCCUUGUGUUGGCAUCGAGAGGAUGAAGCGCUGGCAGCGGGCAGACAGACUGGGUCUGAACCCGCCCGUGGAAGUUUUGGCUGUGCUGCUGAAAGAGGAAGAGAAGCACACCAAGGAUGUCGAGACAGCGCACAUCGACUACAUCCUUAACUCAACCGCUGUUGGUGCUACCUCUUGA